AUGGUUGGCGGUUCUAUUCUUACGAGUUUGUUCGUAGUUCUGUUCCUUGGUGAGCUUAGUACUUCUUAGCUUGGCUUGUAGUUGACCGAUCAUCAUUUUAUAUUCGAUAUUUUAGCCAAGAGAGCCUUGUGCAUUGAGUGCUUCAAGUGUGAGGGCGACGAUUGCAAAAAGAAUACAUGGGAGCAGAUCGAUUGCGACAAAGGAUGCUGGAAGCUUGAGGUGUUCAUAUACGCAAAAGCGGGUGGGUUUAGUAGAGUUUAGUAUUAUUAAAGACAUGACUGUUAGUGGUAAGUUGUUUACCAGAGGUUCACCGAGGGGUUUUUCGCUAUAUGUCCUACCUUCUGUGUAAUAAUUUAGUGUAAUACUUUUUGCUUCAGAACCGUCUAUCUAUCGGCGAGGCUGUGUACCAAAACCCCUGGACAAGUGCGAGGUUUACGGCUUUGUUGCACACCAAAACGAUAUGCUCCAAUAUGGUCUGUUGGUGGACAAUACAGCCAUUGUAGGUUUCUUGAUGGAGUAAAUUUGGGCUAUCUACAAAACGCGUUGCUUUGUAGGCUACGGCGUUUACUUGCGGUUGCGAGACCGACUUUUGCAAUGGCCACCAUCCGAUUACCCCGCCGCCGGUGCUUCUCGUUCUGUUGUCAACGAUUAGUUAUUAUCACUAUUUUUGA